AUGGGGACUCGAAGUUUCGCUCAGGUCGCGCCGACUCCGGCUACAAUUGCACUCAAUGCGUACAUCUACGGCUACGGCGGACACUCGCUUGUCACUCCACACGCCGCCUUGAAACAGCUCUGGUGGACGGAUGCGCGCAUCGAGGCCAAGGUCAACAAGUCCUUCAUCGUCUCGAAGCUCCGAGGCGAGGAGCGCGACUUCCUCAACAAGCCAUUGGCGUUUGGGGAGGGUCUCACCGAUGAGACGUACAUGGAAUGGAUCCUCGAGAGGGCCAAACGACUCUUUCUCAUUUUGACCGAGGUCAAGGUACCCGACCAGAUCUUUGGAUGCAUCGACGACUCGUGGGAUGACAGCGACUUGCCAAUGUCCUUUGAGAAUGUUCGCAAACUGGAGCUUGCUGUCGAGAACAAUGAAGCGCUCAACAAGAGGUUCUACGACAUGCAAUUCCUGUAUCUGCUUCGGGAGCUGAAGCAGGGAUCGCACAUUGACUAUGGACCGAGCGAACACAUACCGAUGGAAUACGUCAAUUCUCUACCGCCGGCUGUCAGCUUGCAGGUAUGGGACAGGAUUCACUUCCCUGGCCGACCGGAAGACAUUUACAUGCGCCGGAAAUAUGCUCUCACGGACAAGGAGACCGAGCAAGAGUUACGCAAAGCCUUCCUAAAAGAUGUACGCAGGGCACAAGCGCUCGAUCACGAGCAUAUCGCAUCGGUGUGGGCAUCGUAUACGACAGAAGAUGCUGGCUUUGCGGUGUCUGACUUCGUCGGUGAACAUACGUUGGGCACAUUCAUCGACCAUCGCAACCCUAUGCAGUAUCAACGAGUCCGGGCUGCGGAUAGACCCGCCCUCCUCUGCGAAUGGAUGCAUUGCAUAUCUGAUGCGUUGGCAUCACUUCAUUGCCGUGGCGCUGCUCACGGCAGUAUUCGGCCCUCCAAUAUCCUCAUCGACCACCAAAACCGGAUCGCAUUCGCCGAGAUUGGGAGUCUACGGACUUUCCAGCGUGGCAAGAAGGUCAACAAGACUGAAGUAUAUGACUACGCCGCCCCCGAGUCCCAGCUCUCGAACCCACCUGCAAGCGUCGCCUCGAGCCCACCUAUCUCUAGCAUUGGAGCAUUCGGCAGACUCCGCCAGAUGAGCUCGAGUGGAAGUAGUUCAUCUGGUCGCUCAUCCAACGGCAGCAGUAUACGCAGCAAUAGCAUCGCAACAAUACCCACCAGCCCUACCUCGCCCCAACCUCCAAGCAGAACCGGUAGCAUGACCCGCCGCACAACCACACCGCUCUCCUCGCCCAAGAAAUCUUCCCACCCCUUCCGAAACUUCAGCCGACACCUCACUCACGCCUCCAUCGCAUCCUCAAUGGCCGGGCCGUCUCCUCCAGCCACUAUCAUCCAUCUCGUACCCUCCAACACCAGCCUGGCAGAAACAGACAUCCUGCAAGGACUGCCAAACCCCUCUUCGGAACUCGCAGAUAUCUACUCACUCGGCUGCGUCUUCUUGGAUAUCAUCACAUUCAUGGUCAGAGGCAAGACCAACGACUUUGUCAAAUUCCGUACCUCUCGCGUGCUGUCGCCCAAUCCACACGGCAAGCGCUCGCGGACCGAUACUUCUUUCCACAUGUCACCAGACAAAAUCGACUCCUGGAUCGACAUCCUCAAAGACGACGUCGAACGCCUACCCACUCCAAUCGCAAAAGGCGUGCCAGCGUUGCUGAACCUGGUCGCGCGCAUGGUGAUCCAUCAGGCUACGCUCCGCCCAUCAGCGGUCCAGGUCCGAGAUAGCAUCCGAGACAUCCUCGUCGGCGAAUGUGGCGUGCAAAAGCUGUGCUGCGCAAAUCGCGAGUGGACUGCGCUUGAAAUAGCUGAAGAUGCCGUCGAUACUUCUGAGACAUACUACCAAGACAUCGUCGCUUCAGCUCUCGCUGCUGCCGCGAGGAAGGAGGCUGAAGAGGCUGAGGCUGCGGAGCAAGCCAGACUGAACGGUGAGGAUACUGGUGCUGGAGCAGAGGGAGGAGAUGGCAAUGGCAUGGGCAGGACGGAAUCAAGGACAGGGAGUUUGACGAACAGACGACGCAGCUCGACUGCGAGCGCGGCGACGACGAAGAUAAGUUCUUGGAGGAGGAAGUUUUCCAGGUCGGCCGGCGCAAGUCAAGCUUGA